AUUGCACGCUUUGGCACAGGAAAUAACUGCAGAUCAUGGCGAAAACUCUACAGGUUUAAAGGUUUAAUCAAGCCGACACUCAACAAGCUAAUUGGCUAUCAUUCUUUAAAAAUUUAUACCACUGCAUUUUUACCACUAAACAACCACUGUUUGUGGAAAGUGUCUGGGCGCCUGCGGUGAUUAGCAGAGAGGUUUACAAGGCCCGGCAGUACGUACUUACGUACACUUUAUUAAAGCCGGUAUGCAAGACAGACAGUCAGGAACCGCUUUGCAGUUUGAAAACUGAUUGUAACCAUUUAUCUGCAGUACUACUUAUUGUACAAGUUACAAGUACACGUUAAAACGUAAAUAAGUUUUUGAGUUGCUCUUCAGUUUGAUAUAUUAUCGAAGCCCUUUAUUCCUCGUCUAAUUUUAUUCUUAAGAGUUCAUAUUGGAAUGCACUAAAACUAUGGGUUUCGGAUGUGUUUUAUCAUUUUUGUUCAGCGGGAUCGUAUUUGUAGCGGUAUUGCUGGGUGUUUUUGUCGCUUAUGUAUAUUUUUACGAAGUGAUUAAAAAGUUUACUUUAUCGCCACAUAAAGUGAAAGAACGUUUCCCUUAUCAAGAGAAGAAAUGGGUGGAUUCCUCUGAGAUUCCCUCCGAUGAGAUUAAGUCAUUCAAGUUGGAUGUUCCGGAGGAAGUGCUGGACGAUCUGCGCUCACGUUUGAGAAAUGCUCGAUAUGGACCGCCCAUGGACGACGUGAAUUUCCACUUUGGAUUCCCGUCUCACUAUUUGAAAAAGGUUGUAUCGUAUUGGUUGAACGAUUACGACUGGAGAAAGCAAGAGGCCUUUAUCAACAGUUUUCCGCAAUACACCACCAAUAUUGAGGGCCUGAAUAUUCAUUUUGUGCGCGCUGUCCCUCCGGAAGCGGCAGGUGGCCGCGUGAAGGUCGUUCCGAUUCUGGCUCUGCAUGGGUGGCCCGGAUCGUUCUUUGAACUGCUGAAACUGGUGCCGCUGCUUCACAAACCGAGGGAGAUUUCACACAACACAUUCGUUGCUUUCGAAGUAAUUAUCCCCUCCAUCCCUGGAUACGGAUUUUCCGAUACUUCCCAAAAACCAGGAUUGGAAACUGGCAACAUGGCACGUAUAUUCAACACGCUGAUGUCACGUCUUGGUCAUGAGCAGUAUUUUAUUCACGGAGGAGAUUGGGGCAGCUCCGUGUGCCGAUUCCUCUCUGUGAUGUAUCCCGAAAGAAUCCUGGGAAUGAACAUUACAAUGUACAAUAUCCCUAUGUCUGCCUACUGGAUGAAGAGUCUACUGGGAAAAUUCUUCCCUUCCCUAAUGAAACUUAGUCCAGGGGACGAAAGGAAAUUGUACUGGCCAAAUUUUUUCUUUAUUUUACGAGAAUCUGGUUAUUUCCAUAUCAACGCCACGAAGCCGGACACAGUCGGGAGCAGUUUGUCGGAUUCGCCAGCCGGCCUUGCGGCGUAUAUUCUGGAAAAGUUUUCAACCUGGACUAACAAAGCCAACAUAGAGUAUCCCGAUGGAAAUAUUACAAAAUACUUUACUCUGGAUGAUCUGCUGACCAACGUUAUGAUCUACUGGGUAUCAAAUUCUAUUACAUCCUCGUGCCGACUGUACAAAGAGACAUUUUAUUCGGCUUCCGGUGUGGAUCUUGCUCGUAUACUCCCCGUGGAAGUCCCGUGCGUGCUAUCCGAUUUUCAGAACGAGAUUGGAGGAACUAAUCCACCGGAAGCUUUUGUCAGGCCUUAUUUCCCCCAACUCAUCAAGAUGACCAAGCAUACGACCGGAGGUCACUUUCCUGCGUUGGAACGACCCGACGAUGUGGCCAACGAUAUAUGGCUUUUGGCAUCGUCUGCAUUGAAAUAAAACGUUUUUUAAGCAAGUUGCGCAGCUGGCGCCUAUUUUUGCGAUUUAACGUCUUUCUUUCAGUUCGAAAACAUUUGAUUGCCGAUUUUUCCCUUCGCUUUCUUUGUGCAUCUAGCGACAUGGCGAACGGUAGCAGAGUAGUAAUUAUUGGCCCAUGUUUUUGGUUAUCAUGGUUAAUUAAUAUUCAUACUCCUGUUACUUCUAAUGCGCAUAAUUACACUGAUGGUGGUUUAUAACUUUAUCAUUUAUGGUUAGGUGUGUCGAAAGUUUUAAUUUAUGUGUUUUAAAAUUAGAUGUGUCGAAAAUUUUAAAAACAUUAAAAAAUGCAUAUGGCUAUACGGCUGCGAGUGGGAGUGGACGCCGUGGGCCUAGAUGUUCUGCUUAAUU